UAUAUAGUAAACGGCCUGAACUGUGAUGUAUUUCAACUGAAGACGGCGCUGCAAGCUGAUCUGAUUUCGUCACAUAUUUAAUUCUUCUUCCUUCACUUACAAAUGCUCGAACCACGGCUCUCGUGACAGACCUGGUGAAUUAAUCGUGACGCAGUCCUGCGUCACUGUUACGUAUAUUUUUAUAUGGGUGACAUUUGUAUUGACGCUUGCCUCCACAUCCGAUUAUUAAUGGUCCUGGAUCAAAAUAAACCGAUAACACUCAAGUUAAACAGUGCGGCGAGACAGUCUUGUCGCUAUUCAGCUAGGGAUCCAAGAUUAAGAAGUUAAUUAUUCCCAAAAAAGCUACCGCCAGUAUUAUUCUUUAAAGUAGUAUACGAAUAAAUAUAAUGGAAACUGAAAAGGAUAGUCCAAGUGUGGUUUUUAGAAACAGAGUUAAUCGUGAGAAAGUAAGAGUGCAAGACGCAGUUCGCGAAUCUUUACUGACUGAUACUACUUCAGGAAUUGUCAAAGGCGACGAUGAUUCAACUAGUAUUGGUACUGUUUCCUUCUCGAGUCCGGAAAUAGAAGUCAGUAAUAGGGAAUUUGAUAAAGAAUUCAGAAACGAAAAAGUACGUAAAAGUGUACAAUACGAAGAAGACUUCGAUGGAAUCAAUGAAACUGUUUAUGACAAUCGAUUGACUAAAUAUGCAAUCGAAGAAAUUGAAAUUGGAAAAACAAAAUUAGAAGAUGAAAAGCUUAUAACGAGUAAUGAAAAAAAGAUUAUUAUACCCGACGGGGGUUGGGGAUGGGUUGUAGUCGGUUCAUCAUUUGUAAUAUCUAUGAUUGCUGAUGGGAUUAGCUUCUCGUUCGGCUUGCUUUACAUUGAGUUUUUGGAUGAAUUUAAAGCAAGUAAAUCAACAACUGCUUGGAUAGGCAGUCUGUUUAUUGCCGUACCGUUGUUAUCUGGACCAGUUAUGAGCGCACUAGUAGAUCGCUAUGGUUGUCGAAGUAUGACAAUUUUGGGAGGAAUUAUUUCUACUUUAGGAUUUGUACUGGCUUCAAUUUCAACUACCUUGGAGAUGAUGCUGAUUACUUUCGGUGUCAUAGCUGGAUUAGGCCUUGGGCUUGUAUACGUUACUGCAGUUGUUUCAAUUGCGUAUUGGUUUGACAAGAAAAGGAACCUGGCGGUAGGUCUAGGAGCAUGUGGCACGGGUGUAGGCACUUUCUUGUAUGCUCCAAUGACUCAGUAUUUUAUUGAAGAGUAUGGAUGGAGGGGCACGAUUCUUCUCCUAUCGGGGACGUUGUUGAAUUUGUGUGUGUGCGGUGCUGUAAUGCGAGAUCCAGAGUGGUGGAUAUUGGAGCAAAAAAAGCAUAGAAAUGGCAAAGAUGAGAUUAAAGAAGAUGCCAAAUCGAAACUCUCAAGUUCCGUUUCUGUUGCUUAUGGUUCCGACUCAGACGUUCUCACGCACGGAAAAAGUAUGAAACGUUUGAUUAAUAAGGGUUUCGCACCUGCCACGGUGAUAAAAGAUGAAGUUCUUAGUAUACUUCGACGUGAGAAUUUGCUUUUAUCGAACACACAAUGCAAAAAGCCAAGAUCUGUGUCAUUAGAUAACAUACCAAGUCAACUAAAUUAUAGUAACAAGAAGCCAGAUUUCAACCUGAAAAAUGACACAAAAAUCAGCAAUACAGAAGUUAAACGUGCAUCUUUUGAAAGCAAUUCCUUGGAAAAGAAAGAUAUGAUCGAAGACAACAAUUCACAAGUAGAUACGUUUACUUCAGAGGCAUUACAAAGAACACGAUCAGAAAAAAUAGAACAUCGCAAUGACAAAAUAAUAGAAAACCAUCAGCCCAACCAACCAAUUCUUGUCGAAGUAAAAAAAUCGACAGCAGAUACGAAAGAAAAUAAGCCAUUAUUAAAACAGGAUAGCAAGGAGAGCAAACGCGAUUGGUUUAAAAAGCAACUAUCGAUAAAUCACCACUACUUAAAUGAUCUCAAAAUGCCCUUGAACUCCAUAAGUCAUAGAAAUGCUAUGCUUAAUAUAAAGAGGUAUAAAUUAAAGGCUUCCUCUUGUCCGGAUAUCUUCAAGAACUCGAUGAUAACAGUAAAUGAACAAGAAGAGCAUUGGACUGCAGACUGCGUCAGCUGCCUCGCUGAUAUGUUCAACGUAACGCUCUUCAAAAAGAUAACAUUCAAUCUUCUUUGCUUCGGUACGAUCAUCAUCUUCGUAUGGUUUAUCGUGCCUUAUUUCUACCUCGCUGAGCACAUGAUACAAAAGGGAUAUUCAGAAGAUGACGGCGCUGUCAUGUUGAGUUUAAUUGGAAUCACUAAUACAAUUGGAAUGGUGACUCUCGGUUGGAUUGGCGAUUUCCCAAAUGUUUCCAUUGGAAAUCUUUACGCUGUCUGUCUCAUUUUAUGCGGAGCAUCUGUUGCUGCAAUACCUCCAGCUGCCUCUAAUUAUUGGAUUUUAGCCUCUAUUUCUGCAGCGUUUGGAUUGCUAUUCGCAGCAUCCUUUACAUUUACGCCAAGUCUAUUGGUGAAAUUAGUGUCAUUGGAUGACUUUACAUCGGCCUAUGGAUUGGUUUUGUUGGCUCAAGGAAUAGGACAUUUGAUUGGACCACCCUUGUCAGGUCUAAUUUACGACUUAACAUUGUCCUGGGAGCUGUCGUUCUACUUGGCUGGAGGAUGGAUCAUCGUAGCUGGAGUACUAAUUUCCUUCAUACAUCCCGUCAGAGUUUACCAGCAGAAGCGCUUACUUGCUGAAGAAUGCGAAUCUAGCAUGGCUUAAAACGAAGUGAUAGCAAAAUAUAUGCAAGUAUUAGAAGGCAUUGUACAAGGAACAUAUUCUUCUGUAGCCAAAUAAGAUUAACUAAUUAUUGGGAUUUAUUUCUACAGUCAUUUUUUUACACCUAAUUUUUUACUCCUUUUAUCACUAAAAAUUUAGCUAAAAGUAAAUAUGGCAACACUUUUUAUUUUCUCUUUCUAGAAUAUAAAAUAGAAAUUAUUGCAUUCUAAUCAGAAUUAAUGAUAUUUGACACUAAUGUUUAUGAAUUCAUAGAUAUCGAUGUCAAUA